GUUUAAAUGAAAGAUGGCGUUAAAUAUUAUUUGAUAUUCUACUGUUUCGUGAUGCUUUCUGUGCUAACAAAAGAAAAAUAAACUGCGCAACCCAGCCCCAAUAAUCUGUAGCCGACAAACAUCAAACAUGGAGUUUUAUGAUUCGGAAGAGUCAUGUAGCUCUGUAUCUUCCUCUUCAUCUGUAUUUUAUGCUUCGGUAGACUCCCAAGAAUCAUCAGUAGAUUCGUAUCCGAGAUUACCUUCAAAUAACGUUUUAAAGAAGAAGAGAAAUAGGAAACGGGCACCACACAUAUUGGAUAAACUGUAUUACAGAGAGAUCAGGGGUAUCUUUGCCUCUCGGCCCCAUGCAGCAAAUUUAAGGCUUUUCUGUCAAGUGCCAUCCCGCUGCCAGAUUCGCCUUCGAAAUGUGCUUCCAGAAUCUGCUCUUGAUUCCAAUCAUGUAUUCCUGGGGCUCUCAAGAUGUGGCCAAUUUCUUUUGUCAUACACAUACACGACAGAAUUGGAUGUGAUGACGUUCAACCAAGUUUAUAAAUACCGACUGCAUUGGUGGGCAUUUGUUCCUCACCAACAAGUGCGUAAAGUUUCUGAAGUAAUGCUGUUUGGUAACCAAGGUGUAUACAGUACGCUUUUCAUUGCGGUUUGUCAGUGGCCAAUGGAUUACUCGAGAGUUCUUAUUUAUGGGAAUUGCCAAGAGUCAUAUGGACAAAAUACUGGUACGUGGAGUACAUCACAACCUGAACGUUCAUACCUUACAAUCACCACUGUGCCGUCUCUGAAUAAAUGCCAUGACUGUCUCAGAGUGGCAGCUUCAUAUGAAGAGGAAGAUCUUGCGGCAAGUUGGGACAGUUGUGUGCGGAGUUCACACUUCAUUUGAUGUUGUUUCUCCCUUCCCCAAGUUUGAGCCGACUAUAUGCAUGAAGCGUGAAAGCACGGUUGUAUUCAACACAGGAAAUUUUCUCCACGUGUUGCGAGCCGAGUUGGAGCACCUGAGUAAUAGUUCAUCUUCAGCAAGCAAACCAUGCUCAUCGAGUAAUUUAUUAACUUCAGACACUUCAGAAAAUCUGGAUCGGAAUCCUUCAAAUGCGGCUUCAUCGGCCAGUGAGAACGGCUGUAACACCAAACAGGAGCUCUCUCUCACAAUUACAGACAAUGGCGGAAACGAAUGUCGGAAAAAUAACUCGUCUGGAAACAGUAAGACUGGUGAUUCUGACCAUAAAACAAUAGAAAGCCAAGCAUUGCCUCAGAAUUCAAGAGUGUAUGACACACGAGCUCGCGUGGUUCUACAAAGAAAGCAAGCCAGUUUACAGCAGCCAAUAUCAUUUGACCUCCCUAAAUGCCCCAUCUCCCCACCACGUGAAAAUGGUGGUGACUCAUUUUCUUUGAAACAAGAUGACUCAAAAGUUGGUGCUAAUAAUUGUACUCAUAAAAGUCUUUUCAAUGCUACCUCAGAAAAUGAGAGACAUAUACACAGAAGUAGAGCAGCAAGAGUUAUUAUUGAGGAAGAAGAUUAUGAUGAUGAUAUUGAUGAUGAUAUUGGUGCUAGUGAUGAUGUGAUUUCUAAUUCACAGAUAUUUUUUAUCUCCAGGGGAAACAGGAACUGUUCGGAGCAAGACUCGGAACAUUUCCUCGUAGCCAGGCAUGGCAUCGCUACUAAGAAUGGUAGCGAUGAUAAUUUUAGAAUAGGGUCAGAAUCAAGGGUUGUCAGUAGGGACCUAACUGUUCCAAAAAAUAGUGAAGCAGACAUCUCUGAAAGUAUAUUUCUGUCUCAUUCACGACCAAUCAUGAAGGUCAGUGGUAAAUGUAGUGAAAGUGAUUGCAAAAGAAUACUGGAGUCUUCCUUAAAAGAUAAUCAAGAGAGAAUUAUUAAGUCUGAAACUAAAGCUGGGCAUUGUAGAGAUAGUAUGUUUAACGGUCGCAUUACCAGAUCUCAAACAUCGCGAGUUGCGGGACGUCUGGAAAUGUUGGACACACCUGUAAUAAAUGAAAGCAAUAAAGUUGAUACUGAAAGAACAAAAAGGAGUGAAUUUUUACAAAUUUCUCAUAUAUCAGAGAAGCCAAAAUAUGCGGUUGGAGAGACGGUAUGGAAAGAUCAAUGUGAUUUCAGCGGUGUCUGUAAUAAAGAAAGCCGAAUUAUGGACUCCACUCAGGAACUCAAUAUAACAUGUGGUAGCAUGAAUCCUACAAUCUCAGAGGAGACAGUGUCUUCUGUUACCCUUAUGUCUCCAAUUCCAGGAACUCUGCUUAUGGUAAAUACAACUGAGGAAUCAGAAAGUGAUGACUGUCAGUCAAAUCCUGAUAGGAAGAGGGAAAUAACUCCAAGUUCGUCAAGAUCUAGACGAAUCCGUGGGGGUACAACAGUCAAACUGAGUAGCCCUCUUCCAGCCAUAGCUGCUACCGCACCACAUGGCGGUAGUGCCAACAACACACACAACAAAAUAGCAGAAGCAGAGAAAGCUUAUGAAUUCACUGAUGAUGGUUUGGAGCCGGGCUGUGAAAAACUUAGUUCCUUCCGUCGCCGCCGUCUUGCCGACAAGAAGUAUGAAUUCUGUGAGGAAGGUGAAGAUGCAGAAAAUAUAGUUCCUUUUAGAUUAACUCGUCGUAGGGAAUUGUCCCCCAGACUUCGCUCGCCACCCCUCUAUCUCUCUCCGUCUCCGCUCAUGUUAUCCCAUCGAAGACGUCUCCACGAUACUCUGGGAGAUACGCCUGAACUUGUUAUCUCUGGACCUCGCUCACCACAAAUCUUGGCCGGUGACAUCCACACAAUAACCCAGACACCGAAUCAUCUAGAAACUGACAAGGUUGUUCUUCGCCCUCUUAAUCGUAACACGGCAGCUACUCUCCUUCUCUCUCCAAGAGAUCGUGAUGGAAGUGGAGAUUGGGUAAAGACUAAUAGUAAUAAGAAGUUACCCGUACCUGAUGUUGUAACAUUGUGUGAACACAAUCCAUUGGAAAAAUCAGAACAUAAUUUAUUAGAGAAUGCUGUAGCACAGCCUGGAGGUUUAGGAAACCAUGGUCUCCCAGGUGGAGCUCGAAUGGCCAAGAAGGAAUUUCCAAGCCCGUCACAACCACCCAACACUAAUGGAAGCAGCAAUGCUACUAGGUGUACAGUCCAGUUGAAACGACGUUACAUUGAAGUAGAUGAUGAACUGGUAUCUGUUAUAACAGAUAUAGAAGAUGAUGAUUACAGUGAAAGUACCGGUUAUCACUGUGCACUUCCUCUUGAAGUACACGGUGCUGGUUAUGCGCAGUUACAAAUGAUCUCCAAUACAAAGGCUGGAAAACUGAUGGCUCCGUGUGUUCUUGUCCAUCAACGAAGUUUUGAUGUUGAACAGUUUUGCCACGAAAUAGCCGAGAGAUUAUGUAUUGAAGCUGGGAAAAAAUAUUGGUUCUGCAAUGAUUAUGAUGUAGAAAUAGUUGAUGUUUGUCCUUUUUCUGGAGAUGUGAUUGCUGUCGCAUUAAUGCGGAUUCAGGCAACUAUCAAAACAAAGGGUUUAGCAAAGAGUCAGAGGCAUCCAGUUAGCAGUAUGGAGCGACAACAGUACCAAGGCAGUUGCAAGUUUGUGUGGAAUGUGGAUACGGGACAUUACGCUGUGGUAUGGACGCGGGCACUCCAUGAGGUAGAUCCCUGCGACACCAUUGACAUGGACCCGUGGAAUCCAGCCCGAGACUUGGCUGUGAAACUCAGGGAGGAUCUUCACAAUGUUCCGACGUAUCAGUCUGUGAAAACAAUAACUAAUGAAUUAGUACUUAGAGGUGUUUCAUUGGUGCGUAUCAGUGACUUAGAAAACUUGACUGAAUUGACUCUGUAAGAAUGCGAAGUUGUAGCAGCACUAAUUUGUAAGGAUCGAGGCUUUGUUCCCUGUUCUCCGUCAGAUAAUUAUAAUUUUUAAUUUCGACAGCAGGCAAGAUAUCGGUACAGGUUGUUCGGAAUUAAUUACUUCUGUGUUAUAAAGUUUGUACAAAAGUUUAUUUUUCAUUUUUACAAUGUUUGUAGCUCUUACUGCUUGUUUUUGGUAUGAAAGAUACAAUCUUCUACUGAUUUGUAAAGAAGGGCAGUAAUGUUUGAAUGUCACUCAAAUACAUAAGCAUAUCUAUGCAAAUUUAAAACAUGCAGCAUGGAUACAUUUGCAGUGUACUGUUGUACUUACUCAUUUACUGUUGGUUUAAUUGGUUCAGCAUAAAUAGCUGGGCCCGUGAGACCUACGGGUUCUUUAUUGUGUACAGAGAAAAGAUAUUGACUUUUAAAUAAAGCAGUGUUUGUAAUUUUCAAGAUUAAAGUGACUGAAUUCUUUUUUUCAUUUUUGGGUAUGAGAGAAUAUGCAAAUAUGCACUUAAUUCUGAUUUAAGGUAUGGCAGUGUUUUAGUGCAUUCAUAAUUGUAAUGCAGUAGGAUAUGGUAUUUUGUGUAGCAAAGAAUUUUUAUAAGUAAAAUUACUACUCCCAGACAGAAUGGGAUAACGCGGACAGUAGUAACUUCUGUCUUUGAGUGCAAUCAAUCUUGAGAUUGGAAGAAUUUUUAUGAAAGCGGUGGCAGGCAGCCUUGUGUUCGCACAUUCAUAUAUAUUCUUGUCAUUACUAGAAUUAUUUUAGGUACGAUGUUAUUUGUUAAAAGAAACAAAACAGGCUUUGCCAUAUUGCUCUGAAAUGAUGAGCAAUUGUUUUAGAACAAUUUACAAGCUAGGAAGGAUAUUAUGAAUGGAUUAGAUAUUAUGACAAAAUUAAAUCAUAAUUCCCCUGCACAAAUGUUAUCAAUAAGUAUAUGUGCAUAUAAGCCAUAUUUUUGGAAUUGGUAAAGCAUAAUUUUAUGUGGACAAAAGAAAUUAAAUUAUCUUGAUUCCUAGUAACCUGAUUUAUUUUUAAUUCUUCACAUCAACUUAAAUAUCAACACUACGUCCGUUUGUCUCAUCAAUAUUCAGUCAGUAUGAUUUGAAAUACUUCAGCCAUUAAGUGAUGCUACUGAAAAUUUGUGUUAUAUUCAGUAAAAUUCAGUCCUGCAUUUUAACCUUUAUCAUAUAUCCCUAUUCUACACGUCUUGCAGCUGGACUUUGAACUUCGGUGUUUUAUAGUUCAUUAAUAUGCCGCUGUGACACAUGGCCAGCUGGAUUGCACAUAUGCCAUGAUGCACAGCCAUUAAAGGUUAAUAUCUUAAGAUUAUUCUCUGAGAAUAUAGUUCACACAUUAUCAGUUGUUUCGUUCUUAUCGCUGUAUGGAUCACUGUCAUUCAGGACUGUUGAAAAGCCUGAUAUAUUUAAUUUUUUAUUUCAGUUCUCAUGAAGCUAUAUUACAUGCCAAGUUUUAUUUGAAUUGAGAAUGUGUGCAUUUAUCUUUCCAUAUAAGAUACUGCAGCAUCUGAACAUCAAGUCAUGAAGAUGGAA